CCAGGCUACAUGUAGAUAUAAGCAUUGCAUAGCUAGCAUAGCAUAGCAUAAUAUCCUUCUAGAGGCUCCCAUUCUAAUCAAAAUACUGAAGCAAGGAAAAAUGGUGUUCGAAAAGGGAGCAUCUAGUUUAAAGAGUGUGAAAGCCAUUGAAACAGGAAAGGUUGCUGGAACUAACAAUUUGGCUACUGAAAGGAAGUUUUCCGUGCUUGUUGUGGACGAUGACGCUAUCAUUAGAAAAAUCCACAGCAAGCUCCUAAGCAAAUUUCCGGUGGAAAUUCAAGUGGCUGUAAAUGGAAAGGAAGCAGUUGAUCUUUAUCGCUCUGGGGCUUUCUUUGACCUUGUUCUUAUGGAUAUGGAAAUGCCCAUUAUGAAUGGAUUUGAGGCAACAAAGGAGCUACGAGCUUUAGGCCUCAAAAGCUUGAUCGUGGGAGUCACAGCACGUUCUUCAGACUCGGAAAAGAAAGCUUUUAUGGAAGCUGGUCUAAAUGACUGCCAUGCGAAACCAUUGACAAGUGAAAUGGUCAAAUCUCUCCUCCAGGAGCUCAACAAGAACAACUAAUAUGUGAUCCUUAAUCUUAAUUAAUAUCAUGAGAUUCGAAUAAUGUUGUUGCUACAAAUAAAAUGGACGCUUUUAUUUAUUUAGUACUUGUUGAAUAAUGUUGUUGCUACAAAUACCUCAACCGAGUCUGACCUUGAGGCCCACACUG